AUGGAAAAGUUCUCUCAAUUUCGAGAUCGAGGCUCCGGCAUUGCACCCUUCCUCCCCAUCCCCACGCCACGAUCGGGCUAUGCUCUGCCACUUCACAUAUUUCUAUUCUGCUUUCGCCUCCCACUACUCAUAUUCGUGUGUCUGAGCUACUUCGCCGUCCUACAAUGGCUCCCGAUCGGUUUGCUAGGAAAGAAGGCGUCGUUAUGGUGUAUACUUGGUGUUCCUAGUCUCUGGUGGAUUGAUCUCCAGGUUGAUGGCGUGAAGAGAGGACGCCUUGCCAGCCAACGAGCCCGCCUUCCCAUAUCCAAAUGCAUCAUCGCCUCUUCCUUCACCUCUCCCAUCGACCCAGUCUAUCUCGCUGCCGUCUUUGACCCCAUCUUUACCGCAUCGUAUCCCAACACGCGCAAAGUCGAGCGCCUAUCACUCCUACAGGCCAUUCUGCGAUCGUUCUCGUACCCUCUAGUCAACCCACCGUCAGACACACAGCUUGUCGAGCUUUCCGAGCUUCUCGAGAAGGCUCAAUCUCGACCCAUCGUCGUAUUCGCUGAAUGUACAACGACAAAUGGCCGGGGUAUCCUUCCCCUCAGCAGGUCUCUCGUAUCCGUACCACCGCGCACCAAGAUCUACCCGGUCAGCCUGCGCUAUACCGAGGCGGAUGUAACUACACCGGUACCUGGCACAUACAUCACAUUCCUCUGGAAUUUGCUCAGUAAACCGACACAUUUUAUCCGUGUGCGCGUUGCCGAAUAUGUUACGACUUCAUCUAACAAUUUGUCACCGUCGUCACAAGCCCAAAGCACAGGCACGGAUUUCUUUGAGGACGAUGAACCCACCUCCUUCUUCGAGGAAUACGCUGGCUCGAACGACGACUCUGAGUUGACGAAGAGCGAAAUCGCUGUGCUAGACUACGUUGGCGAGUCAUUGGCUCGUUUGGGCAGGGUUAAAAGGGUUGGGCUAGGGGUAAAGGAGAAGCAAGAUUUUGUGGAUAUCUGGACGAGGAAUAAGCAACACCGAUGA